GUCGUGCUAUUCAUUAUUUCAACACCGAGGCGUUUUAUGCAGAAGUUGACAGAGUUCUAGUUAAAUAUGGAGUUCUUUGCUACUAUAGUACACACUUCCCAACUAUAUCAAGUUCCAAUUUUAAAUAUGGUGAGAAAAUAAACAAGAUUUUUUGGACCUAUCUCAUCGACCGUUUAGACGGUCAUUGGCCGGUAAACAAGUUUUCGGGUCACGUGAUUAGCUGGCGCCGACGAGAUUUCUACAUGAACACCCUGGCUCCUCCCUACCCAGACCACACUCGUACUAUAGAAAAUAUUACACAACAACGUGGGACGUCGGUCAUAGCACUGUCGAAGGAGCUGGAGACGUACUCCCCCAUGGUGAACCUGAGGGAGAAGAUGGGGGACAAGGAAGCAGACUCACUACUCGCAAGGUUUCUCCUGGAGUGUGAAAAGGCAGGGGAGGAGGAGGGAGAGAUUGUUUUUUGUUUGUUUGUCUGGUUGCCUGAUCAUAAGUUAUGA